AGAGCAUAAGGAAUAUUAUGUUAGGGCUUAUACCAGCCAUUAGUUCUGAUUACUGGGGAGCUUUUGAGGAGCAAAAUUGCAGUGAUGAUUGGAAUCGCUUUCAGAGUUUCUUGGCUUUGUUGCCUGCUAAUUGGCGGGAUAACCUGUUCUACAUCAAGUGAUGGGUAUCCUGCACCAGGUUCUGAUGCAGCAUGGCUCUAUACAGGCCCACUUAGGUCUAAAGGAUAUGGUAAUUUCAACUCUCCAACAGCUCAAUUGCAAGCGCAGCUGACCGAAGAGCAACAUGCACAUCUGGAAGCCAUCCUCCAAAAUCAACUGGCCCCCAUGCCCCAGGCAUCUCAGAAAAUGUGGUAUCCAACUCAAAUGCCCCAGCAGGAAAAGCAACCGGCCGCCAUGAGCCAAAAGCAGACGCUACCGGCCAGUUAUCCUAAGCAGCCUCAAGCAGUGUUGUAUCCAGCUCAAAUGCCCCAGAAGCAACCAGUUACUGAACUUCUGCAUCAGAAGGAACUGGCCUCCAUACCUCAGCAAGUGUGGCAUCAAGUUCAAAUUCCUCAGCAGCAAAAGCAACCAGCUACUGGUCCUCAGCAGCAGACGGAACUGACCACCAUGCCCCAGAAGCAACCGGCUCCAAUGCCUAUACCGCAGAAACAACCAACAGCUAUGCCCCAGAAAGCAUGGUAUCAAGCUCAAAUGCAGCAAAAGCAACCGGCCACCAUGCACCAGCAAGUGUGGCAUCCAGCUCAAUUGCCCCAGCAGCAAAAGCAACUGGCUACUGAACCUGAUCAGCAGAAGGAACCGGCCACCAUGCACCAGCAAGUGUUGCAUCCAGCUCAAAUGCUGCUGAAGCAACUGACUGCCAUGCCCCAGCAAGUGUGGUAUCCAGCUAAGCCCCAGAAGCAACUGGCCGCUGAUCCUCAGGAGCAGAUUGAACUGACCGCCAUGCCCCAGCAACCUCAGCAAGUGUGGUAUCCAGCUCAAAUGCCCCAGAAGUAACCAACCGCUGAUCCUCAGUGGCAUCCAGCCAAAUUUCCCCAGGAGCAACCAGUCCCUAUGCGUCAACUGCAGAAGGAACUGACUGCCAUUCCACCACAACUGUGGCAAUCCGCUCAAAUUCCCCAGCAGCAUAAGCAAGUGUGGCAACUGGCCCCCAUGCCCCAGCAGCCUCAUGAUGUGUGGUAUCCAGCUAAAAUGGUCCAGAAGCAACAAGCAGCUGCAACUCGGCGGCAGAAGGAACUGACCACCAUGCCUCAAGAGUGGCAUCCAGCUCAAUAUCCCCAGCAGCAGAAGCAACCAGCCCUAAUGGUUUCACCGCAGAAGGAACUGACCGCCAUACACCAGCAAGAGUGGCAUCCAGCUCAAAUGCAGCAGAAACAACAGGCCACCAUGCCCCCGCAAGUAUGGCAUCCAGCUCAAAUGCCUCAGGAGCAAAAGCAACCAGCUACUGAACCUCGGCAGCAAAUUGAACCGACCGCCAUGCCACAGCCACCUCAGCAAUUGUGGCAUCCAGAUCAAUUUCUCCAGGAGCAGAAGAAACCAGCCCCUAUGCAUCUACCGCAGAAGGAACUGACCGCCAUUCCACCACAACUGUGGCAAUCCGCUCAAAUUUUACAGCAACAUAAGCAACCGGCUGCCAUGCUUCAGCAAGUGUGGCAUCGGGCACAGAAGCAACCGGCCCCUAUGCCCCAGCAGCCUCAUGACGUGUGGUAUCCAGCUAAAAUGGUCCAGAAGCAACAAGUCACUGCACUGACCGCCAUGCCGCAGACACAUCAGCAAGUGUGGCAUCCAGCUGAAUUUCCCCAGCAGCAGAAGCAACCGGCCUCCACGCCUCUACCGCAGGAGCAACCGACCGCCGUACCCCAGCAAGUGUGGUAUCCAGCUCAAAUGUCACGGCAGCAACUGGCCUCCAUGCCUCUACAGCAGAAGGAACUGACCGACGUGCCUCAGCAAGAGUGGCAACCAGCUCUACCGCAGAAGCAACCGGCUGCUGAACCACAGCAGAACGAACCGGCCACCAUACCCCAGCAAGUGGGGAAUCCAGCUCAAAUGUCCCAGCAGCGGAAGCAACACACUGCCAUGCCACAGCACCAACUGACCCCCAUGCCUCAGCAAUUAUGGCAUGUAGCUCAAAUGCCCCAGAAGCAACUGGCCCCAAUGUCUCAGCAGAAUCACUACGAAAGCACUGAAGAUGGUGCCUUUAGUAGCACUCAGGCCAGCAUCGUUGAACAGUCGGGUGUCAUCCCAAUCUAUUCCUACAGUUCCAAAUCUCACUACGAGAAUGGCAGAACUGUCUUCUCCCAAACCCGCUACACUCCUAGGGAGGCUAUGCCUGUUGACAGUGGAAGUGCUCCCAAGGACAGUUUUGUUGGUACUGGUGCACCUAGCGUCUAUCCAUCACUAGUGAAGGAUUCUGCAAGGAAAAUGUAAUGGAUUCAUCCUCUAGAAGCUAAUGGAAGUGCCUGGUGCUCUUGCUACUCUAGCGUGAGGGAGUACAUGAACAGUUCUACUUCCAAAAAUGCCCUGUCUCUGUGAAAUAAUGGUUCUCCUGUCCAUUGCUUGCUAAUUGAGAACAGGUGGUGUGCAGUCUGUAGUAAAAAUGACUGUUCAGUUAAUUAUUUUGUUUUCUAAUCUUUUACCUUUGCUACUGGUUGUUCAAAAUAAAAGCUUGGGUCUACAUUUGUCAAGGG